CGAGGGCCAGCUGCAUGACCUUGCGGUGUUUGUAAACAUACACACGUUGUCUCUCCAGUGUCUAAAAGAACCAGAGCAAUAGGCUGCUGACAAAGUGAUCAAGUUUUAUCUUGGGACGAAUACCGAAUACUGUUCGACGUACGAUUUGAAAAAUGGAAGUUGAGCGUAUGUGCACCGUCGAAAACGAAUUGGACGGAUCCCGUGGCGAUCGGAAAGAGGGCGGAAAGCGGGGACGCAAGCCUGGCCGGAAGGCGUCCGACAAGGGAGAUAUGAAGGCGAAACUCGCAGGUUCUCGAAGCUACUGCAAGAGGGCCGCCAUCGGAGCUCCCGAUUUUAAUUCGAACGCAACGUUGCGUGUUGCAGAACGCAGCCGGCAGAGCGCGCGCGAAUGUCGCGCCAGGAAGAAACUCAGGUACCAGUACCUUGAAGAAUUGGUUACCGACAGAGAAAAGGCUGUGCUUGCGCUCCGCAAGGAACUUGACACGUAUCAACAGUGGGGCUUGGAAUUGGAUGCAGGGCGAAUCCCGGAAGGAUUGCAGGCGAUGCUUGAAGAGGUUGGAGCCCUAAAGCAGGAGAAGAACAACAAUUGAGAGUCUGAUAAAUCUAUUAAUGCAUCCCUGAUUAAAGUUCACAAAAAUUUUCUUCACAUUUUAUUUGUUCGGCGGACUUUUGCCUCUGUUGAAGAAUCAAAGAUUAUAGACUCUUGGACAUUGAAGGGGAAAUUUCUAAGCCGAGAAAUCUCGAACACACCUUUAAUGUCUAGCCUUAGAAUAUGUCGCCUUUCAGAAUAUAAAUUUCAUAAAAAAAUGUUAAAAUCUUGCAAAGUCAUUUUUUUAUAAAGUAUUUUACAUAUCGUUUAGCUUACCAAUUUACCAGGGAUCGAUUGUUUGUAGUGUAAUUUUUUUUAUUUCUAUCUUCUGUAAGUUUUAUAAGCUUAGACAUAAUCGGAUUACCAUUGUUAGCUAGAUUGUAACUGUUAGUCAGGAAUUCCAGUUUCUUGAAUAUCGAUUUUCGUCUAUUUUUUAUAUGUUGACAGUUACGAGGUUUAUCAAUGUUGCAAAUUAAGAUGAGUUCGCGAGUUGGAUAUUAUUAUCUUUGUAUAUUAUUGUAUAUGUAAUAUAUAUCAAACAAAAUC